ACUUCCAGGCCGAAGCAGAGUCUGAGGGAGGGAGUCAUCCUGAGGUAAAACAGCGCUAAUGUCUCUGUUCAUUCUUUAACAGCUCCUAAAGAAGACAGAAAUCAGGAGUCAGAAUCCGCCAUGGCGUGUGAAGCGUGAGGAGCAGCCACCAUGAUUGGAGGACUGUUCAUCUACAAUCACAAGGGAGAGGUGCUGAUCUCCCGUGUGUACCGCGAUGACAUAGGGAGGAAUGCGGUGGACGCGUUCCGUGUGAACGUGAUCCACGCCCGCCAGCAGGUGCGCUCUCCCGUCACCAACAUCGCACGCACCAGCUUCUUCCACGUGAAGCGCUCAAACAUCUGGCUGGCUGCUGUCACCAAGCAGAACGUCAACGCCGCCAUGGUGUUCGAGUUCCUCUACAAGAUGUGUGACGUGAUGACAGCCUACUUCGGCAAGAUCAGCGAGGAAAACAUCAAGAACAACUUUGUCCUCAUUUACGAGCUCCUGGACGAGAUUCUGGAUUUUGGCUAUCCUCAGAACUCGGAGACUGGAGCGCUGAAGACAUUUAUCACUCAGCAGGGCAUUAAGGGUCAGCAUCAGACGAAGGAGGAGCAGUCUCAGAUCACCAGUCAGGUGACGGGGCAGAUCGGCUGGCGUCGGGAGGGCAUUAAAUACCGCCGCAAUGAGCUUUUCCUGGACGUGCUGGAGAGCGUCAAUCUGCUCAUGUCCCCGCAGGGUCAGGUGCUGAGCGCGCAUGUGUCGGGCCGUGUGGUGAUGAAGAGCUACUUGAGCGGGAUGCCCGAGUGCAAGUUCGGCAUGAACGACAAGAUCGUCAUCGACAAGCAGGGGAAAGCCGGAGCGGGCGACGACACCGGGAAGAGCAGUGGGAAGCAGUCCAUCGCCAUCGACGACUGCACCUUCCACCAGUGUGUGCGUCUGAGCAAGUUUGACUCGGAGCGCAGCAUCAGUUUCAUCCCUCCCGAUGGAGAGUACGAGCUCAUGAGGUAUCGCACCACUAAGGACAUCAUCCUGCCGUUCCGCGUCAUUCCGCUGGUCCGUGAGGUCGGACGCACCAAGCUGGAGGUAAAAGUUGUCAUCAAGUCCAACUUCAAACCCUCCUUACUGGCACAGAAGAUUGAGGUUCGCAUCCCCACCCCUCUGAACACGAGCGGCGUGCAGGUGAUCUGCAUGAAGGGCAAAGCCAAGUACAAGGCCAGCGAGAACGCCAUUGUGUGGAAGAUAAAGCGCAUGGCUGGAAUGAAGGAGUCUCAGAUCAGCGCUGAGAUCGAGCUGCUGCCCACCAACGAUAAGAAGAAAUGGGCUCGUCCUCCCAUUUCAAUGAACUUUGAGGUGCCGUUCGCUCCGUCCGGUCUGAAGGUUCGCUACCUGAAGGUGUUCGAGUCCAAGCUGAACUACAGCGACCACGAUGUCAUCAAAUGGGUUCGAUACAUCGGCCGCAGCGGCAUCUACGAGACGCGCUGCUGACCACGUGACCAGCCGUCUCCUGCCCCACACCUUCCGUCUGAGAUAGGUGGCUGAAUUAAACAAAUCAGUAGAGAAAUUAUGCAAAUGUGAACAUGUCCUGUGUGUAUGACCAGUUAUUACAGAGCAGAGAGAGAGGGGUGGAGUGUGAAGGUUACAGCACUGCAUCGUGAUCAGGGUGUGUCCCAGAUGCGAGUCAACAUCCUCAUACACAGCCAGCGUGCUGAUUAUACACUGCAAAGGAACCGGUGUUCUUACUGAUGAGUUUGUUCGAAUGAAUCGCUGGCGUUUGGGACACGACCCUGACUUUCCUCAGUGUGUAGGGUGAAGGAGGAAGCGGUGCGGUGCUGUGAGGAUCGAUGUGAUGUUUGUUUUCUCUCUCGCUGUGUCUGAUCUCACUGUAACAGUAAGUGUAUAUAAAUAUACUAAAAAAAAAAAAGGGGGAAC